AUGCCUCGAGACGUCGACGUAUUUGACAGCCACCGCAAUGCUCAUCGAGUCUUUCUCGAGCGGAAAGGAGCCCACCGCUUCAAUCCCUUUCGGCAUAUCCCAUGGGAUGUGAGGAGGACGUCAGAUGAUGUCGAGGGACAGCCAACUCACCACCAGGGCCUAGCCUUGCACACGAUAAAUGGAGAGUCGAUUGAGACCUUUGCCGUCAACAUUGUUGCCGAGAUUCCCUUGUGGUUCAUGUGCGACUAUGCACUCGAAGAAAUCGAAAAAUACCUUGGCCCAACCCUUUCGGAUCUCAUCGAUAUCUUUACAACAAACACUGUCCAGAUCAUCUCCAGCAUCCUUCUUUUGGUCAAAUCGAAGCAGGUGAACUUGAGUUUCAAUCGACUAGGAGCUCAAGGAGCGUCGACUCUCCUCUCCAUCGCCGCUACCAGUCUUCUCAUACCAACAAGUGUCAAACUUCUCGGUCAAACCACACAAGAAAACCUUCUCAAGCAGUCACGCGGCGUCGCUGUUGUGCUGCUGUUUGUGUAUAUUGCGUAUACAUUCUGCCAGAUGGUCACACACCGCAAAGACUAUUAUGAUGCCACUCUUGAAGGUGGCCAUCAGCCUCGCGAUACUGAGUUGUCAUCGUUGGGUAGCCCUCCCUCGAACAAGAGUCUCCCAUCUAUCGCGCCUCCGAUCCCGCGAAGGGCAAGCACACUCCCAAAUCCCACAGAUCUCGAUAGAUGUCAUCCUCCCCUUUGGUCUGAGCGCGCUGCCCGACAGCUCCCGCCUGAGUCCAACGAGAUCUGCGGACCCCAGCUGCACUUUGCCGUUGCGUUGUUUGUGUUCGCCGCGAGCAUCGUUUUGCUCUACUUCUGCAUCGACGCGACAGUCGACAGCGUCAAGGCCCUCACGGAGCAGACGUCUCUGACGCCCAUGUUCGUGGGCCUCGUGCUGCUGCCGAUCCCCAACUGUGACUUCGCGCCCAUCUCGCUGGCCGUCGACAACUACCUCGAACAGACCAUGCGGUAUACGGUGGGGCGUAGCGUCCAGACGGCCUUGCUCGUCGAGCCGAUGGUGGUGCUGCUGGGCUGGUGGACUGGCCUGGGCGAAGUGACGUUGGCGUUUGACGGGUUCGAGGUUGUGAGCUUGUUCACCACGAUUCUGCUCUUGGGGUUCCUGAUGGUGGAUGCGAAGGUCCAUUGGGUCCACGGACUCUUGUUGCUGGCGGACUGGGUGCUAAUCGGCAUCGCGGCCUACUUUGUUUCGUCCGAUUCACUCAAAUGA